UUUCAUUGUAGCUCUGAGCUGGAGGAUAGAGGAAGUCAGAAAAACAAGGCCGCGAAACUCGGAUAUUCGAGCGAAACCGGUUUAUAAACAGAAUCCGGAUCCAUCCCGAUGGAAACGGCUCUUAGCCCGCCCUUUGACAGCUCCCUGGGCGGGUGCGACGGCAUGCAGGGGCUCACCAUGAUGGAGCAGACCAUCUCUGGACCCGGCAAACGCAUCCGCAAGCCGUCGCUGCUGUACGAAGGGUUUGAGGGACCCGCUCUGCCACACAUAGCUCAAUCUGGACCCCCUCAGCCCGCUGUGCGGGACCCCUCAAGGCAGGGCCGAAUGACCAAUCAGCUGCAGUUCCUCCAGAAGGCUUUAGUGAAGACGCUGUGGAGGCAUCACUUCGCCUGGCCUUUCCACGAGCCUGUAGAUGCUGCCAAACUUAACCUUCCUGAUUAUUAUAACAUCAUUAAGCAGCCUAUGGACAUGGGGACCAUCAAGAAGCGACUGGAGAACAAUUAUUACCGCAGUGCCAGCGAGUGCAUGCAGGAUUUCAACACCAUGUUUACCAACUGCUACAUCUACAACAAGCCCACAGAUGAUAUCGUCCUGAUGGCUCAGUCUCUAGAGAAGGCUUUCCUGCAGAAGGUUGCACAGAUGCCUGAAGUGGAGGAAGAGAUUCCUGCACCUGUCCCCAGAGGAAAACAAAGCAAACCAAAAAAAGGCCAAAAAUUAUUCUCAGGUGGGAUCACGACAGCUCAUCAGGUUCCUGCCAUAUCUUCUCUCUCUCAGCUGGCUUACUCUCCUCCAACUCCAGACACCCCAGACUCAGUGCUUUCUACGCCACCACAGACGCUUAUAACCAAGAACUUUCCUCCUCCUCCGUUACACAGCACGCCUGCGCUUUUGGGCCUCCCGCCUACACAACCCACUGCUAAGAAAAAAGGCGUUAAACGCAAGGCAGACACGACCACCCCCACCACCACAGUCAUGCCCCUCACUUUGGGUGUAGGAGGCAUGGGGAUGGGUAUGGGCAUGGGAAUGAGUAUGGGAAUGGGCAUGGGGAUGGGUCUGGGUGGAGACUCCCCACUCACCCUCUCCAAUAUGGGCAUGGAUUCCAAACAGAGCCUGUCCCUCAGCCUGGGCAUGUCUCUGGAGGACAAAGUUCCAGCCAGGCGAGGUGGCAGUGGCCGGCCCAUCAAACCACCUCGGAAAGACUUGCCCGACUCGCAGAACCAACAUCAGCCAGUGCGGCGAGGAAAGCUGAGCCAGCAGCUCCGAUACUGCAGCACCAUCCUCAAAGAGCUGCUGUCCAAGAAGCAUACGGCCUACGCCUGGCCUUUCUACAAGCCAGUGGACGUGUCUUCACUGGGACUCCACGAUUAUUACGAUAUCAUCAUGUAUCCCAUGGAUCUGAGCACAAUUAAGAGGAAGAUGGAUCAUCGGGAGUACAGAGAUGCACUGCAGUUUGCUGCUGACGUCAGGCUCAUGUUCUCCAACUGUUACAAGUACAAUCCUCCAGAUCACGAUGUGGUGGCCAUGGCCCGGAGACUGCAGGACGUGUUCGAGUUCCGCUUCGCCAAGAUGCCUGACGAGCCCCUGGAGUCUCUCCCACCUGCAUCCCUGGGCGGCGGUCUAGGCGGUGACUCCUCCUCUUCCUCCUCCUCUUCCUCCUCGUCCUCAGAGAGUGACGUGAGCAGCGAGAGUGAGAGCGAGAGCAGCCCGAGCUCUGACAGUGAGGAGGAGAGAGCGCAUCGCCUGGCCCAGCUUCAGGAACAGGUGUGUACACAGUUGAGGGCCGUUCAUGAGCAGCUGGCGGCGCUGUCCUCCACGCCCAUCAUCAAACCCAAGAAGAAGAAGGAGAAGAAAGACAAGAAGAAGAAAAAGAAGCCGGAGAAGCAUAAGCGAAGCAGGAGCGUGAUUGAGGAUGAGGUGGUCAUGCGGCCGGCCAAGAUCCCCAAACUCCCCAAGACACCAAAGAGCAGGAGCAACAGCAAAGCGGCGACGUCAACGCAGAGCAAGAAGAGCUCAAACAAGAAGAGCAACAAGAGCAAGUCAUCAAAGAAAGCUCAGCCCACGUUUUUCCCACCGCCACUGAGCCACAGUGGCCUCACACCUCACUACGACUCCGAGGAAGAGGAGGAAACCAGUCCCAUGAGCUACGACGAGAAGCGGCAGCUCAGUCUGGACAUCAACCGUCUGCCGGGGGAAAAACUGGGCCGCGUGGUUCACAUCAUCCAGUCCAGAGAGCCCUCGCUGAGAGACACCAACCCUGAGGAGAUCGAGAUCGACUUCGAGACCCUCAAACCAUCCACACUGAGAGAGCUGGAGCGCUACGUAAUGAUGUGCUUACGAAAGAAACCACGCAAACCCUUCGUGGCCAUAAAAGGCUCUGCAGGUAAAUCUCGUGAGGAGCUGGCUCUGGAGAAGAAGAGAGAGCUGGAGCGGAGACUGCAGGACGUCAGCGGACAGCUCAACUCCGUCAAGAAACCACAGAAAACCAAAGCGGAGAAGCCGUCAGCGGUGGAGCCUCACGCAGUGGCGUCACGUCUCAGCGCCAGCAGCUCCAGCUCAGACUCUUCAUCAUCCUCCUCCUCUUCCUCAUCCUCUGACACAAGUGAAUCAGACUCAGACUGAGCAGAUGAUGAUGAUGAUGAUGAUGAUAGAAAAAAAAACAUGCACUCCAUCCCAGAUCACGACAUGCAGAGAGAGACAAAUAAAGAACAGGCUUUCUCUUUACAGAGAAUUCUGGGAAAAAUAAAGGGUGGAGGAGGAGCUGAUGGGGGAAAUCAGAGCAGGGUGUUGUCUGAUUGGAGACUGGUUUCCAUUAGUUCAUCCUCCUCCGCUCUGUGUAUAUACCUGUAUAAAGAUAUAUAAAUAUCUAUUUUUCUUUUAUAAAGAAGAAUUUUAAGCAAUUCCCUGGUAGGGAAGACAAUGAUUUUCUUUUUGUGAAUCUUUUAUGUUGCUUUCUUUCUCUCCUCCUCUUUUUUUCGUGUAAACUAUGAAUUAUUUGUCCUAAAGAAAACAAAAGGCUUGGAGUGGAAACUGCUGUCACUUGUGUUUGCAUGAGCGAGAGAGAGGGUGGGUGUGUGUGUGUGUGAGUGAGAAUGUGACAUUGACACCAGUGCUUUUCCUGGUGGAUUUACACACACUGCACAUACAUGGAUGUGUUGUGCAUUUGAAUAAAUAAAAACAGAAGCUCCACCUAUUCAAAUGAAAUCAUCUGUAGUAAUGGAGAACAGGGCAUUAGGUGACCUGUCUCUUUUACCGGGUGAUCUGUUGGCUUCAGUGGCGUUUUAAAACUUGAAUCUGAUCUCCAUCAUCCAGCCUGCUUUAUUCUGAGUUUCAAAAUCUUCAUUGUUUCUUACACAAACUUGCCGAGUCUGGCUCUGUGAAUCCGCCGGGCCACAUGAGCGUCUGUUUUUCUGCAUACAUAAAUUAUUGGAACGGUCGUGUGGUUUCGGUGCUGGAUUGCGGAGCAGAUGCGAGUGUUAGAUGCACUAUCGGACACACAGCUGAGUCACGAGCUGUGGAGAUCAAUACUGUUCUGUACAUCUUGCUUUUUGACUUAGGAUCUGCGUUUUGUUUUAGUGUUUAUAAUUAUUUGCUCUGAGAAUUCAUGCACAGAUUGAGUUUUUUUUACCCUCAUAAGUCAGAAUUUCAAUACUUGGAAAUGUAGGUUCAGUGUCAUAAGACAUGCUGUUACAACAACAAAGAUUUCUCGGUCUCUUUUCUCUCUGGAGAUGUUGUACAUAUGCACCAGUUUGAUGAGCUGAUCUGUGUUUCCUGCAUUAGUUUGUCUUGUUUACAUCGGCCUUCAGCUCUUCUCUUCAGUCUUGUGGCUGGUUUUUCCACAGCUCGUUAUGGUUUAAGACGAUUACAAAAAACAAAAACAAAAAAAACAGAACGAAGUGAAACCUCAUGCUGUAAGCAUCGUCUCAACAGAUGCUUCAUGCAACCAUAAUUCUCAUCUGAAAUACGUCACGUUAAUAAAGGGGGUGAGAAGUCCUAAAACAA